AUGCUGCCCAGUCACCACGAUGUGGAUGCAAUAGUGUCACAUAAUGAUUUUUCUAUUGUUGAUCCAUAUCGAUCACCUCUUCCUUUCCUAUCACGUACCAAGGAAAAUCUAGGGAAUCAAGGAACCACAAUGUUCAUGGAGCAUAAAGAACUUGAAGAACAAUUGGAAAAAGAAGAAACACAUUUGAAACCUCCAAUGUCAACGCCAAUGAUUUUUGAGGUGUUUGAUUUUACAAGGACACCAGAUCAAGUCACAAAGAAAGUUAAAGAAAAAGAAGAAGAAUAUGAUGGGCCUUAUUUUGACAAGAAAAACCCAGAAAGAGACAAGACAAAAGCUAAAGACAUGGGAAUGUGGAAAGAACCCAAGCGAAAGCACAAAAAAGAUAUCAACCAAACUAUGCAAGAAAGCUCAAGAAAGGCAUUCAAUAGAUGUGUUGCUUACAAAAGAUCAAGGCUCAAGAUGAUGGAUAAAAGGGAGGCUACACUUCCACUUAAUGCAACGUAA